AUGGUACUCUCGACCGUGCUGAACCCUUCACGGAGCGCUCCGACCAGUUCUGGUGCGUUCAAGUGCGACGUGUGCGGUCACACGUACAAGCACUCGAGAUCGCUGCGCAAGCACGAGCGCUUCGAGUGCGGCAAGGAGCCGCAAUUCGUGUGCGUCUAUUGCCCGUACAAGGCGAAGCUGCGCGGCAACCUGCGCAAGCACAUCAUGGUGAAGCACAGGGAGGAGUGGACCUCCGGCGCAGCCAAGAUAUACGUGCAGAAGACCAAGAAGAAGGCCCCCGGGGAGAUACCGUCGAGAUUCAGGUGCGACACCUGCGGCAAAUCGUACAAGCUCAAAUCCUCGAUACGGGAGCACAAGAAGUACGAGUGCAUGAAGGAGCCGCAAUUCGGCUGUCCCGCUUGCCCCUACAGGGCGAAACUCAAGGGCAACUUGAAGAAACACAUGCUCUCCAAGCAUUGCCUCGGAAUCGACAAAUAUUUUUCAUAGUUUACCCCAAUAAAUCGCCAUUUAAAGGUCCAAAGGGCGCGUUUUAUUCACUUCAUCUCCAAUCCUGUUAUACUCUGUCAAAUGUUUGAAACAAUCUUAUUUGAUGAGUAGCAUUUUGGGAACGAUCUUAUUUGAUGAGUAGCAUUUUGGGAACGAUCUUAUUUGAUGCAUGCCACUUUG